UUUCAGCGCUACAGUGAUGUGGUAAAAGUCAGAAAUGUAAUUAAAUAUGUAAUGCUUCAGGAUCUCUACAGGAUGCGUCUGUGGAGUGUGUUUGUAGAAAGCAGGAGUCUCAGGCGUGAGUGGAGCCUGGGUGAAGUGUCAAGACAUUGAGACUCUUCCUAGUAGUACAGCGUUGGGAUCGAAUUAGGGUUUUAGAAGUGGAAGAUUUGAGGAUUUGCUGAAGUUUGAAGAGUUGUGACGAUGGCUGAGGUUGUGGAUAAGAAGGUUAAGGUUACGGUGCUGGUCAAUGGAAAUAUAUUGACUAUGGAUAAGGAGAUGCGCGUGUUUCAAAACAAUGGAGCCAUGGUAGUGUUGGGAGACAAAAUUGCUGCAAUUGGAAAGACGGAGGAGAUUUUGAGGGCAUAUAAAAGCGAAGCAGAUGCGAUUGUUGACCUCUCCUCUAAAUGGGUUCUGCCGGGAAUGACUAACACACAUGUGCACACAUCGCAACAACUAGCACGCGGCAUAGCUGACGAUGUGGAUCUACUCACUUGGUUGCACGGCCGCAUUUGGCCAUACGAGUCCAACAUGACGGAAGAGGAAUCGUACUGGUCCACUUUGCUCUGUGGCAUUGAACUCAUCCACUCCGGGGUGACAUGUUUUGCAGAAGCGGGUGGUCAGCAUGUGUCUGCCAUGGCCCGCGCUGUAGAAGAGCUGGGCAUCAGAGCUUGCUUGACUCGCUCAACCAUGGAUUGUGGGGAGGGAUUGCCACCGACUUGGGCCUCUGAAACCACAGAGUCCUGCUUGCAGACUCAGGAGGAGCUCUUCGAGAAGUUCAAUGGAAGCGCUGAAGGGAGGAUUCGGGUCUGGUUUGGACUACGUCAAAUAUUAAAUGCAACUGACUCCUUGUUGCUUUCCACGAAGGCAGCUGCUGAUAAGCACAAGACUGGCAUCCACAUGCAUGUUGCAGAGAUACCCUUUGAGAAUGAGUGGGUGACGAAGACAAGAGAGGUUGAUCAUGGAACGGUUACCCACUUGGAAAAUAUUGGAGUACUUGGGGAGAAUCUUUUGGCUGCUCACUCUGUUUGGGUUAGUUCGAGUGAGGUGAAAAUGAUGGCUAAGCGGGACGUGAAGGUCUCACAUUGUCCUGCAGCUGCAAUGAGAAUGCUCGGAUUUGCUCCCAUUGUUGAGAUGCAGGAGGCGGGAAUAUGUGUCUCUCUUGGCACCGACGGCGCUCCUUCGAACAACCGCAUGAGCUUAGUUGAUGAAAUGUACCUCGCAUCCUUAAUUAACAAAGGGAGACAGGCGUAUGAAAAAGGCAUGACUGACCCUACAGCCCUGCCGGUUGAGACUAUCUUGCAAAUGGCAACCAUUAAUGGGGCUAAGGCUGUUCUUUGGGAGUCCGAGAUUGGGUCCCUUGAAGUCGGGAAGAAGGCAGACUUCGUGAUCCUCAACCUUGACCUAUGGACGAUGGUGCCUCUUCUUGACCCAAUUGCAAACAUUGUCAACUGCAUGCGCACAGAGAACGUUGAGUCAGUAAUGUGCAACGGCGUCUGGAUCAUGAAGGAGCGUGAAAUUUUGACGGUUGAUGAGGGAAUGGUAUGCCACAUGGCUCAGCAGGCUUCUACCAACUUAUUGAAACGCGCCAAUAUCGUGCUUCCAAGAAGAAUGAACCUUGUCCAGUAGAGCAAAGAUAAGCUCACCGGACCAAAAAACUUGCAUGUGACCGAUCCACUUGCUGGACUAGCAUGCCUGUGAACUUACAAACUUGUAACUACCUUGAUUAUAUAAUAUUUAAGCAUCACCUGGACUUAAUCAAU